GGUCGACCGAAUUUUCGUUUCAUUUGACACCGAAUUUAGAUUCUGCAAAGAUAUAAAAAAUAAAUGAAUUUUGGGUUACUUUUUAUUUAUUGUUUUCAAUGUUUAGACUUGGACGGUAUUUAAUAGCAUUAAAUUUUUUAAAAAGGAUGUUAUAGUUUAUUAAAAUUUUUAAAAAAUUGUGAUAAAGCUGUGACCUAUAAAUAAAUUUUUUAGUGAAUUUGGGUUUGAGGAUUUCUGCAGAGGAGAAAAAUAUAUUUCAGGUUUCAACUUGCCCGAAUAGUUUGACUUUGCAAAUCAAAAAUGGCACAAGUUGUUGGUACAAUGACACACUGGUAUAACACAAUUAUGGAAAAUGCUGAUCCUCGAGGUAAAGAUUUUCCAUUGGCUGGAAGUCCAUUUCCUAUGUUAACCAUCAUAGCUUCUUAUUUAUAUUUCGUAAAAGUAUUAGGACCAGCUUAUAUGAAAGAGAGAAAACCAUUCCAAAUCAAUGGAAUUAUAAUUGCUUAUAACCUUCUUAUGGUAGUGUUGAGUGCAUUUUUCUUUUUCUACGGUGGUAGUAAAACAUAUCUUUCAGGAAAAUACAAUUUGAUGUGCGAACCUGUCAACUACUCUACUGACGAAGAAAGCAUGCUGCUUGUAAAUCUUGGUUGGUGGUAUCUGAUGUUGAAAAUAACAGAAUUCGCUGACACAAUAUUUUUUGUUUUGAGAAAGAAAUUCAAUCAUAUCAGCACCUUGCACGUAGUUCAUCAUGCAUCAGUUGCAUGGGGUGUUUGGAUUGGUCUGAAAUUCGGACCAGGAGGACACAAUGCUUUUUUCCCCUUCAUCAACUGCUUUAUUCAUAUGAUUAUGUACAGUUACUAUUGUUUAGCAGCACUUGGACCCCACAUGCAGAAAUAUCUGUGGUGGAAAAAAUACCUUACUCAAAUGCAAAUGAUUCAGUUUAUCAUUGCUACCAUUCAUGCUACUGUACCCAUCUUUUACGAUUGUGGUUUUCAACCAAUAUUUGCCUACAUUAUUAUUUUUCACGCCAUUUUGUUCUUUGUAAUGUUUUACAACUUUUACAAAAACACUUACAACCAGGAACUUCGAAUGAAGAAACAGAGCAAAAAAUUCUUAGAAGACCAGAAAAUGAAAACACAAACAAAUGGCGCUCUGAAGGAGUCUGUAAAAGUAGACUAAUCUUAGACUGUUUUUAACUAGAAUUUUCUAAAAGUUACUUCUACUUUUACAAGCAUUUUAUGAGUUUAAGACAUUUAAUUUUUUUUAAUUAAAUUUUUAAAGGAUUAACAUGUUACAGUUAAUUGUAAUAUGGAGCAAUUGCAAAUGGGAGCUUAUUCCUUCUUUAUUUGUUUUCUGUUACAGAAAAAAAUUUCUUUAUGUAAAGACAAAUAAAUAACAAUAUAGUCAAACAAUUAAUUAAAUCAAAAUCUUAUUAAUUUUUUGAAUUUGGAACUUUAAAUGUCGUAAAAUAUGUGAUAUAUGCAUUAGCAUAAUUAAAACUCAUAAUGAAUUUGGUUUUUAAUAUGAAUAUAGGAAUGAAAUUUAAUAUUCAUGUAUUUAUUAGUCUGCCAAUGUUUAUUUAAAUACACUUUAAAUAUUAUAAAACAACGCAGCUCAUUUGUAAUAACUGGUAUUUUGUCAUUUUUUUCCUAUUAUGAUGGGGAUGUUAAAAAUCACUUGAGUUUGAUUUGGAUAUUUAGACUUUCCUGUUUAGCGUAUACUAUUUGUUUUGUGAAAUCAUGCCAUGUGUAAAUAUAAUCAUGUUCAUAAAAUAAAAUUCAGACAAAUGUGUGGA